AUGGCUCGAAUAGGAAUUUCAAGCGACGAGGCAUUCAGGCGACUUUUCGCCGAAGCAAGAGCUACAAUACAUGACUGGUAUCAUCUCAAUGUCGUCAAGUAUGUCGUGGUUGUGUACCUGAGAUUGAAUAUUAGAAAAUUUUAAAUUGUCCUCUGCAGAAAAUACCAUAGAAUUUCCCGGCCUAACACCAUUGAAAAUAGAAUAACAAAAAUUUAUGAAGAAUUUUAGAAAGCUGCUUGAAUAGCAUGACUUCAGGCUUCUGACGUUAUCUUCAAUCUUUUUCAAAAAAAUUAGGCAAAAAAAUAAAAAAAUAUUCUGUAGCCACAUAACGCAAAGCGCAAGUCGAAUUGGGUCGGGUGCACGAAAAAGACGGGCCUUCUUUUUGCACGCUUAAAAAUUGUAUUUGUUUUUCUAUAUAUUUUUUUGAAUGGCAGUUCAAUUUACGAUUUAUUUUCAGUAAGCUGAAAGAACCGGUCCCUCACUCUGCAAACCAUUUUUCGCGCCACUUCUGCACACGAAUAUUAAUCUACGCUCGGGUGACCUUACUUCUACUAAUAAUCGGAUCUGUCGACAUGUCAGUUUUUUGUUUUCUAAUUGAAGUUGAUAUCUUUAAACAUAAAACGAAAUCUAGAGAAGUUGAGUUCAUGCGAUCUAUUCCAAUAAACUUUUUAGUGAUAAUGAGAUGCAGUUCACCUUGAUGGUCAUCAACAUAACCUUGUUCGCCUUCUCAAUUCUCGUCCAGUUUUGGCAAAGAAAAUGCCGUGAGGCUCAAUUGGACUACCGUUUUCGGAAAGCAUUGAAACUAUUGGACUCGCUAGAGAAAGUGACCUUUUUUCUCAAAUUUUUCUCAGUGGCUUAUAUUCAGAACUUUCCUUCCAUAUACACCUACCAAUCUACGGUUGAACCUGCUACUGAAGAAACUAUAACUUGUCAGACGACUUUUCGUGAUGGGAGAGUUGUAGAAGUUCCGAGGGUUCUUCUAGCUCAGGGCGAUAUCAUCCUACUUAGGCCUGGACAGGUUGAAAACUUUUAUUCAAUUCGCUCUCAUUUAUGAACAAAAAAAGCCACGCUCUGAAGUUUUUUCUGCUAUUUUUCUGGAUCGAAAAAUCAGAGAGCUUUUUCAAGUAUGGAUUUACCCUUUUUUUGGGUGUAUUCAUAAAGAUUCUACAGGUAGCACCCUGUGAUUGUGAGACGUUCGAAGGCGUGGCGUUGAGCGCCGGUGAAAAAUUAAACCAAAAACGAAUGUUAGAAGAACGACCUGUAGGAGCUGUCAUACCCUUGGAGUCUGUUCAGGUACAUAAAGAUAACUUGAAAAUGCAGUUCCCCUACUUUCCCAUGGAAAACUUCUGUACUCCAAAAUUUUCUUCACAGGCUCGAGUAACCACAUUCCCAGUGAAACAGCUUCUCGACACGGUGCUGACGAUGGACGACAAGCCGCUGCAAUUCGAUUAUCAACUCCAUCACGUUGUUCACCACGUUUUUGAGCGAAUCUUGGUACCAUUUGUUGGUUUUCUGGCCAUUUUCGGUUCUGUUCUACGGUUUCUCUACAGCGAUGAUGAAUCUUAUUUUGGAACAAGGUUUGAAUCGAAUAAAAAUUUUUAGUUCAAAUUUAUAAUUUCUAGAUUCAUCUUUGCUGUACCUGGUUUAGCGGUACUCCCUCUUUUGGUCCUACCGUUGCCAGUUAUUCUUCACAUUGUAAAAAGAGCCAACAAUAAGAAAAUUUUGAAGGAAAUGCGUUUGGAAGGUACCUUGAGUAUUAUUGACUUACAAAACCGCGGGAAAAUACAAAAAUUGUUCAUUAUUUUAAGAAUUUUUACUCACAUAAAUGAGAAGCAGGAGUAUUAAAGUUUUUUUUUUUCAAAAACCGCUUUUAACGCUCAAAAAGUAUUCUAAAGACUCUCAAGCGGUCAAUUCUAUUUCAGAUAGAGAAAUAUCACAAAAAGACUUGGCCUCAAUUCUGGCGGCCGUGACAGGAACUUGUAUCACUGAUAAAAAAGGAGUUUUGUCGACAAUUCAUCCUCUUAUUGAGAAAGUCAUUUUCGUGGCAAAACCAGAAGGUUUUUAUCUCUUUCAUGGUCUGAAAAUCAUAUUUUUAUUUGAGAAUCUCCGGAGAAUGUUCAAGAAACUGGAAAUGAAGACUUGCACAUCGAAGUUUUGAACAUGAGCGCUGAGCAACGUGAAGAUGUUUUUUCUGGAUGGUCGCUGGGUUUUGAGGACCAACAUUGGUUGGUCUUCAGACUCCUUGUUCUUUUCUCUCGUUACGAAAAGCAUCUUAUAUGAAAUCGGGAUUAGAGAUUUUAGGCUCCGUUAUCUGCCGAACCUGAUGCCUCUGGCUCACAAUAUUCUGCUCAACUCAUGCUCCCAAACCGAAAACUUCACCAAAUUCUUGGAUCAUCUCACCGUCGUGGCGCAGAGCGUCCCAAGGACCAUCGCGACUGCAAAUCGCCGCUGCAUGUGUCAGUUUCCCCGUAUUGUCGGGUGAGUUACACCUAUCUUCAUGAUAUGUAUUUCUAAUCAAGGUUUUCUGAAAACUGCUUGGAUCAGUUCGCAUCACCUCCAACAGCUGUGGUAGGACUGUACAAACGGAAACCAGGAGAAGCGCCAUUGCCUGGGUAAUUUGAUUUUUACAAGUUUUGUGCAAAAAUAAAUGGCUUUUCUCAGCAAAGAAGUUAAGGUUUCUGAGAUAAUUUACCUGUAAAUGGUCUCUCAACUUGAAAUUUCCAGUUUUUCGAAUUUUUUUAAGUGUCAAAUAAACUUUUCUUCACAAAAUCAUCGCGGAAAAAAGUUUAAGCAAUCACUUUUAACGAAAAUUAUCCAGACUUUUGAAGAUUUUAAGCAAAAUAUCAGAAAAUUUGAAACUCCUCGAAAAGAUUUCUGUAAAACUUGAAAGUUUUCAAUGCAAGUUUUAUAAUCCACAAAUGUUCAGGCUCACAAAACAUCGAACUCCCAUUGAGAUGGCUUUUUGUACGGUUCACAGCGAUGUGAGAAGUCUUCACUCUCAUUUAUCUUGCCACGGGACCGCAAAUCUUGUUCUCGAUGUAAGUAGAUCUUGGUUUUAUCGAAAGAUGUUUUACCCAAAAAGAUAUUGCAGGCUUGUACCCACGCGUGGGACGGCAAGACGGUUGUUCCCCUCAACAAACGUCUUGUUGCCUCGAUUCGUGACUAUUAUCAACGACACUCUAUGACUGGGUCAGUUCACAAUCAAAGCUUACGAUUUAUUAUCAUUUUUUUCAGGCACUGCUUGGCAGUAUCUUACCGGCCUGUGUUUUCUUCUUUGGAUGAAAGUUUGCAAGGAAAAUAUCUUGAAGUUCCGCUCAAUCGGGAAGAAGCUCGAACCAGUUCAGCGAUACCAAGAAGUCAAAGUUUUGGUAAGCUUUCUAAAAUGAACUUCGAAAAUAAAAAAUUUCCAAGAUAAGCUUGAGCAAGUUUUUUGAUGUUGAUUGCAACGGUAUCAUUGUAUUGCUAUUUCAAGAUUUGAUAUCACCAGCGAAAUUUCUAAUGAAUUUCACAACUGCAUAAAAGUUUUGUUGGCUAGUCAUUAAUUUAUUAAUUUUCAGACACACUUCGAAGAGAAGGUAUCGUGGAGAAUGAACUUCUGAAAACUUCUGAUCAAGUUAUCGACCACUACUUCACCGGUCAUAUCUUUUGCGGCCUUAUCGUCCUGCAAUAUGAGGUGAUUUCUUGAAAUACAAAGUUCCGAACAAAACUGCAAUUCCAAAAAGCUAAUCUUAUCUCACAAAAAUUGAUUUCAGGCCCUUCCUUUAUCCGUUCAGUUGAUCGAGAAGCUAGACGCAAUUUGUGUGCGGCCUGUGUAUUUUUCAAAAGAGAACGAACUGCGCAGCCGGGUUUUCGCUGAAAAAUUAGGUUUGCAUAUGAACUUUAGAUUUAACGGUCAGCCUAUAAAAAGUUUCAGGAAUUGAAGCCGGUUGGAAUUGUCAUAUUUCUUUGGCCGAUGAAGAGGCACCGACAAAAAGAGAAGAAAUUGGUGAGAAUUUUCCACUUUUUUUGAAAAAUGGUUAUGAUUUUUUCAGCCACUGAGCAGUUCAUCGACCAACGUCCACAACGUACAAAGUUUUGGAAACGUCUGGCGAUGUUAGUGAAUUCACUUUUUUCUGUUUUAUUGAAUUGUUGGUUUUUUGGUUUCAUCAUUCUUACAUAGUUGUGAUAGAUAUAUUAGAUCACACAACAAAAUCUUCAAAGCUCAAUCAAUAUCUCAAAUCAUAUUUGAUGAUAUAGAGCAUUGUGAAAUUUUCCUAAAACCCUAACGAGUUCACUUGGAUCUAGAAAUUAAGAGAAUACAUUAUACAGUUAUAAAUCAUUUGAGUCGUGGAGGAUUAGACAAGAAGAUCCUUUAGUUCUUUUUUUCCGCAAAUCUUUUUUGAACUUAUUUUUUUUUGCAGGAGUGACGCUCAAAUUCACUUAAUUGAGUGUGAAUCGGUAUCACGUGAAUUGCCAGCAGGGCAGAAGAUCAGCAUGUGCUCGAACAAAGUAAUGUUUUUCAAAAACUUUUCUGUCUAGAAGCUUGUAAAAUAACUUUUGCAAAAAAGUUUUUUUUCAAAAAGUUUUGCUGGUCUCAUUCGAGCCAGUAAUUAGUUUUUCAUCUGAAAAUUCUCAAUUAAAAUGAAAGGAAUUGUUUACGGCUGAGCUGAUUUCCUCCUCUUUAAAAAUGAUAAAGAUGAAUUUUCUUUUUUUCCCAGUCCUCUUGUGGAUCAUAGUCAAUUUAAUGCAAGUGGUACCGCGUUUUUAUACAAUUCUUUUCAGGUUGGUCCGAUUCCCAACAAGGCGCGCCUACCAACAGGAGUUUCCAACAUCAGGCCUCAUCUUGAAGAAGUCGACAACGUUCCUCUUUUGGUUGGACUCUUCACAGACUCUGCCACUCUGGCUAUGGAAGAAAUGGUCGAUAUAAUGCAGGUGGAGCUUUGCAGAUGA